AUGAGCUCGGUGAGAAGACCUUCAAAACUUUUAUCUGAGAAGCAGUCAGAUAAGCUAGCGCAAAUCAUCCAGAACUUCUUUCUCAAGGCGGCACAUGUGAUAUUCCAUUUCCGAGUGGCGUUUCCAUCAGUAGUAUUGCAGCCAGAUGAUAGUUACGGCGCGAUGGGCGAUAGCUUUGCACAAUCCAAAUAUAAUAACAGAUGGUUCAAUCUGGACCUUGGCAACUAUGAGAUUCCGAGAACCGAGCUUUCUCUCUGGCGAAACAAAGACAUACUGUCGUUACCCCCGCUGGUGCUGGAAACCUUUUUGGACUUAAGAGGGCUCAGCUCUAAUCAAACACUCAUGCUUGAUGACGUGAUCGUGAAAACAAGCAAAAAAAGUGAGAUCGUGUUGGAGAGAUGGCUCAUUGAGUUUGACCUCAGCACCUUCGACAAUGAGGUAAUGGAGUUCCCGUCCAUUUAUAAGAAGAUCAUCAUUUUGUUUCGGUCAUUGUACCUGCUGGCGGGUCUACUUCCAAGUUAUAAAUUGCGGGACAAACUGGUGAAAUCUAAAUCGAAAAACAGCGCCAUCCAUGUCUCGUGCCGCAUAUUAGACGGUUCCAAGCCAAUUACUUCGAAAGGAAGAAUAGGACUGAGCAAAAAGCUCCUGAGCGAAGACGAGCACACGAGCUCCAAAAAAUUACAGCCUAUCUUGACGCCAAUAGGAGCAUUGAGAGUUUCUGUUUCCUAUCGUACCAAUUGCAACUUCCAGGUCAGCGAUAAUGAGGAGGCUCUUUCAUCUCAGUUCAUGCUGGACCAUCUCCCAUCGGUUCGCACUAAUUACGACAGCGAUGGCAACAGUCUUACCUCUCCGAUGGAUUAUCUACAAAACAGGGUCUCAUCUGCAUCGAUCCAUUUGUCUGACCAGUCACCAAGAAGGAGAUCGUCGACCAGAUCGGUCCAGCUCUUCAAAGUCGGCUCGAUCAACUCGUCGUCUUCUCCUCCCCCUGGUGCCACACAGAGCAACCAAAGUGUGUCUUCGUUCUCGACAUCAAAACCUAUUCCUGUCACUUUGAAUAAAACGAACUCCAGCGCAUCUUUGGUGCCCAUACUACGGCAAAAUAGAGAUUCGCUGCCCAAGUCAAUUGGGUCUAUGGUGCAAAAUCAGAUGCAAGAAACAGGGCAUCAGGUGUCCUCCAACUCGAGAAGGUUUUCGUCGUCGUUUGGAUCCAGGUUUCGGACAGUUUCGAGCAGAAACAAUAGUCUCGACGGCCAGUUGGUUGUCGCUAAUCAGCCCUUUUCGACGCCAAACAAUCCUAUAUUGCAUAAUUUCCGCUCAAGAAACAAAUCUCCGUCGGUGUCGUCCACUGAACUGGGCCCCUCGAGCUCUAUUUACAUGGAUGACGACCUUGACAGUUUCAUGAAGAUGCUGGACUCGAAACCGGAUUUGAGAUUCCCGUCGAACUCCCCAUCGGUGUAUGAAGAUCCUCUCGCAAAUUUCAAGACGUUCCAAAAAUCAAAUGAUUUCCUCACGUUGGAACAGCAGCAGCACGGCUCACCAUCGUCAAACCAGAUCAUGAUACACAGCCAAAGUCAAACCUCCCAGUCUCAGGUAUUCAAACGGACGGUUUCCUCCGACAGGUCACGCAGAGGAUCUGUUUCUUCCAACUACUCGCCUUCCUCGCAGGCGCUCAGGCCGGGAGUUUCUGCGCCAAUGGUAACGCCUUCGGUGACAUAUGGGAAAUUCCACGCGUCGUCAGGCUCGCCAUCGAACUCCUCGCUGGCACAAUAUCUUCGGCACAAUUCGUCGCCUCCUGCAUCGGCAACAGCGGUGGCUACGGUCCACAACAGUCUACGGAGGCUUACUAGCUCGUCACAACGCACAAAUACAAAUUCCACAAACAGCAGCACCCGACCAGUCAAUCCAGAGCUGCUCAAACUCAAGUCUUUCAACGAAGACGUGUUCGAGUCGGAUGACGACGAGCACGAUGAACAUUCGCCUCGCUCCACAGACACCAAGUCAAGAAACACAGGGCCUUCUAGUGGACAUGCUGAGGACGACGAGGAUGAUUUGUUAUUUGCUAUGAGUGACAUGACACUAGCCAAGAAUAACCAAGAGUUUUAA